GCGGCAGAUGGAGCAGCGGCAGCGCGGCUUGGAAGGGGCGGUGCGGGGCAUCCAGGACGACCUGGUGAAGCUGUGCCGCAGCCACGGCGCCACGGGCGAGGCGGUGGAGAAGCUGCUGGAGAAGUCGCGCAAGGUGUGCGCGCACACCCGCGCCGUGCGGGAGCGCCUGGACCGCCAGUGCGACCAGGUGCGGCGGCUGGAGCAGCACCACGCCCAGCUGCUGCGCCGCGACCGCUUCAAGGUGCUCAUCUUCCAGGAGGAAAAUGAGAUCCCUGCCAGUGUUUUUGCAAAAGAGCCCGUUCCUAGCAUUACAGAAGGAAAAGAGGAGCCUGUGGAUGAGAACAAAACACUGGAAGAAACCUUGCACACCGUGGAGUUGGGUUCAGAUGAUGAAAUGUUUCACGAGGGAGACGACUUGGAUGACAGUGCAGAGGAGAAAACAGAAGAAUCAAGAGCUGAGAAACUGAAAAGAUCCAGCCUCAAGAAGGUGGACAGCCUCAAGAAAGCGUUCUCCCGCCAGAACAUCGAGAAGAAGAUGAACAAGAUCGUGUCGCCCGAGCGGAGAGAGAAGAUCAAGAAAUCCCUCACUGUGCACCACCAGAAAUCCUCCUCUUCCAAGGGCUCGGGGUUCAAGGUGUCUCCCCUCACGUUCAGCAGCAAGAAAGGCCGUGAGGGAGAGAGCCCAGCCGAAGCUGAGGACAGACCAGAGAGCGCCAGCAACGAGCAGGCGGAGAACGAGGAGGAGGCGUCCCUGGGCGACGCGCGCUCGGACGUGACACCCAGCACCUCCCUGGCCGAGGAGGGCAAGGCGGCCGUGGAUUCCCUGCAGAAGGAGGCCAGGGCCGAGGGCAAGGCCGUGGUGAGCAACAACAUCGAGCUGUCCAUCGUGGAGGAUGACGAGGAGUACGGGGUGCCUCUGGAAGUGUCCAGCCAGAAACUGUUCGACGAGAGGAGCAACCCGGUUGGCGGGGAAAUGGAACAGUCUGACGAGGAGAGCACCCAAGCAGCCGUCCUGCAGGUGAACCAGACGGCCUGAGCAGCCCCAGCCCCCUCCUCCUGCCGGGCACACAGGCUUUCCUGAGGCAAGGCUGCACAGGCAGGAGCAGCCGCUCUUCCAUCCUUCCCUCUGCAGUGAUAAUUUAUCGCAUCGCGCUGGAAUGCGCAGUGGACUCGGCCAGUGACUUAAGCUGCCACCUGCUCUGCUUUAGGCCGAGUCACUGGUGUUCAUGAGUUUAGAGAUGCUGCCUGCUGGUGUCACAGAGGAUGUCUGGUAUAGAAGCAAGCUGAGCACUGGCUUUCUUAGAGUUAGGUCAGAGGAAAGCCUGGAGGCUCGUCACGACCCAAGCAUUUCUGUGCUCUUUCCUCCCCCC